UGGACUAAUGGAACUAUAAACAAACCUGAAACCUGUAUGAGACCACAGAUUAGUUGAUUGCAAAACAACAGGCCAAAGUGUGUGAAAACUCACAAAAAAAACCAUAUCAAGUGCCAAUAAAAGCUCAAAGAAAAUUUGGUCAAGCCCAUAUAACUCUUUCGAUAAUCCCCGAAAAACAAAACAUCAUUUGAGAGUCAUUAAACUUGCGGCCAUCUUGAUUGGUGGUGACUUAAAAGAAAGAAAAACUAUUUCGAAUGCCUUAAUUUAAUUAAAAAUGCGAAAUCGUGUCGAUUAUAACAGUGGAGGCUCUGAAUUCAGCAGCAGCGAUGAAGAUUCAGGCAUACGAAAAGUUCACGAUCGUAUGUGUGGUGUUGGUAAUCAAAAGUCUAAUGAUAUAGUUCCGAGGCCAAAUGCAUCCCCAGGUUACUGGCUAUGUUGUCUAUUACCUCUAGCAUUAUGUACCACCUUUUGGACCACCUUGAAGGAUCCGGAGCGAUGUUCAGAGAUGCCAGACCACUUCAAAUUGAUAACACUAACUUCGAUGGCAAUUUGCAUACAAAACAUUAGUUUCUUCAUAUAUCUUACACUUCAGGCCAAACUCUACAAGUGGCUAAUAGUAUUUGUGCCCUUUGUGGGAGGUGCUUGCAUAUACAAAUAUGGUCUAGGUAUGACAUGGUUGUUAUCAUCAUUGUGGACUGUGUUCAUAGAUGUAAUCUUUCAAAGAUGUUACAUUCAAGUAAUGCGAGAUUUACCGAAAAGUUUUACCUAUGGUGAAGCAUCAAUUUUGACACAGGGUGUGGUAUUAUUUCUUAUGAACACUCUGAUAAUGGGCUAUCGUUUGAUAAUAGAUCAGCCCUCUAAUGAAGAAUUGGGUGAUUUGCGAACAUUGAGUACCAUAAUGACGUUUGCUUUACUUUGGCUUUUGAUCGUGUGUACAUCACUUUUGGCAUUUCAAUUUUUGCGAAAGCCUUUUAUAUUUUACCCAAUUAUGAUAACGUUUGUUGCUGCGGCUACUUUGGCGCCAGUUACCACGCCAAUACCAGUUAUUGCGGUAUUUGAAUUUAUUUUUAGAGACAAAAUGAGGCUCUACAUAAUUCUGUUCUAUGUGGCUCUGGUAGGUGCUACUAUUAUAGUUGUCUGCUGGCAAUUGCGCAACAGUCAACAUGCAACCACAAGUGUACGAAAACUUUUCCAUUUAUUGGUGGUGCUUGUCUACAUACCGGGCUUCCUAUAUGAAUGUGUCUUCCUCUACAUAGCCUCUGGUGUGGCCUUAGCUUUGAUAGCAAUAUUUGAUCUCUUGCGCAUACUAAAAAUGCCUCCCUUGGGUGAAAUAUUGGAAAAGGCAUUUUUUUCAUUUGCCGACGAAAAAGAUGCUGGCCUUAUAGCCUUUACGCCAAUGUGUCUAUUAAUUGGUUCUUCAUUGCCCAUGUGGAUAAUGCCUUGUCCCUGUGUUACAGACGAGCAUGGUUUAAAUAGCCAACUGCUGGCACUAUUAGCGGGUAUAUUAACCAUAGGUUUUGGAGAUACAGCGGCUAGUGUAAUAGGUUCCAAAUGGGGUCGCACCAAAUGGAGAAAUAGCUCCCGUUCCAUAGAAGGCUCUGUGGCAUUUGUCAUCUAUGUUAUAUUGCCCAUAGUUAUUUUACAAUUAAUGGAAUUUAUCCAGCUGAAUGAAAUGCAAUGGGGUGUCAUUGUAUUAGCUACAUUAGUUGCGGCUCUUGUAGAAGCCCACACCGAUCAAAUAGAUAAUCUAGUUUUACCUUUAGUUUUUUAUGUUAUUGUAAGUUUAGGCUGUUAAAACAUUGUUCUUACUUAGGUAUAUGUUUUACUAACAUUCCUUCGAAAGCAAUUGAAAGAGAGAUUUUAGCACUGAUUUUAGAUCCCCGUUGAAGUGAGCAUUGUCGCUUUAAUCUGUCAUAAAAGAAAAAAAAACUAAUUUUAAUAAAUUUAAUGUUCUUAACAUA